CCAAUCCCGGGACUGGUCAGGAAGUACAUCCCUUGAAUCUCCCUCGUACCAUCAUCAUCAUUCCACCUUACAUACUCGAAGCGCGCGCCUCCGCUUAGAGGGCCAGGUUAACAGCCAUGCCUAGAGACGACCUCUCUAUAGAUUUCGUGAAGAAGAUGGCGCCGUCGGCCGAGGCGCAAGACCCAGCGGCCGUCCUCGAGGACUUUAUCCAUCGAACCGCAAACUUGCCCGAAGAGAUUCGUUUCAUCCAAGACGAGAUCGCCGACAAAGACCGCACAUUUAACGAAUGCCUCAAGACAAUAGAAGAGAACGAUGCUAAGAUACAACGAUGGAUUCGUCAGAAUGGCAGUCACGCACCCCUCCCCCGCGAACAGGCAUUGCGCGAGAUCAUCCGCGAGAACUAUGCUAAAGCCGAUAAGCUAUCCGAAGAGAAGAUAGCCCUAGCAGCUAAGGCGCAGGCUCUUCUAGACAAGCACCUCCGACAUCUUGACCUACAGAUCAAAGCGCUAGGCGACCGAGGCGAACCCGGCUUCACCGACCCUGACGAAAUACCCUCCGUCGUACGACCCAGCGCCGCGAACAAUAGCAAUACUAGCCUCCGCGUAUUAGGCGUCACGACGUCACAUACCACGCCCCUCAAUCCCAUCUCCAACAACGCCGCCACGGGCGGUCCUAGAGCCUCCAACCCACAGAUCCGAACGACGCAAUCGCAAGCUCACAUCUCCAGCUCCGCGCCCACCUCCCCCGCCGCCAGUAUGAUCAUGAGCAACCGCAACCAGCGCGAGUCCUCUGCUGGACCUGGGAGUGGCGCUCCUAAGAGGGGUCCACGAAUAAGUUCCGGUCUAGGCAGUCUCCCAACCGCAUCCAGCGGUUUAGCUCGGCACUCAUCUCUUGGCCCCGGUACACCGAAGGCAGGGACACCGGUAGCGUCCGCGAGGGCGGGUAGUGCAGGUCCCAGGGGUACUUCGAAAACAGUAGGUAACGGUACAGGAAGAAAAGGCACACCAUCGGCCGGCGUCGGACGGAAGAAACCACCGAACUCGAAAUCGACAUUAUCGCGCGUGAAGCGGGCGGGUGUGUCGAAAGGAUCUCCGGCUUCGACGGCGGAUAGCGAACUCUCGGAUGCGGAAUCAGUUCGGUCUUCACGCGCUGGGUCGCGUGCUGGGAGUGGUACGCCGGUACCUCGCCCACAUCACCACCACCAUCGGAAACGCGCACAUCCAGACGAGGAUAUGCCGGAUCGUGGCUCGGCAUCAGCGGGAUCGGGGAUAUCGGAUGACGAGGAAGACGAAGAAGGGAAGAAGUAUUGUCUCUGCCAGCACGUGUCGUACGGCGACAUGGUGGCAUGCGAUAAUCCGGCUUGUCCCUAUGAAUGGUUCCAUUGGACUUGCGUGGGUCUAAAAUCCGAGCCUGAGGGGCGGUGGUAUUGUCCCUCGUGCACGGAAACCAUGAAAAAGAAGGGGAAGUAGAAUGGCCCCAUUGAUAUCAUGGGAUCUUGCGGGAAGGGUGGGGUGGAGGUCGUUGAUGUUUCUAUGGACUCGAAUGAGUCGUCUUGGUGAUCGACGCGAGGGCUACGUACAUGGAACCGAUUCUUCUAAUACCAUCGAAUUAUUACGAAUUCAAGAGUACCCAGGUUCGAUUACCCAUCAUCGAAUAUUUUACGGUAUACAUCAAACGAACCCAACACUCAACGCAUCAAAUCUAAAGCUCGUGACUGAAGUGGUCAUUACCAAGGAUGAAGAGGUACGAUGAGCCGCUAUCAAUACGGGGUUUCUAUCAACACAUGAAAUGAAAGGCAAUCUUGGCCUCGGUGUUAGGAAUUUCCCGAGUCACAGCAUGCUUUGAUCUCUAGAUAACUCCCUAUUCAGCUACGCAAGACACCUAGGUGUAGGUACCAGCAGUAUAUAACCGCCCACCUAUGAAUUUACAAUUCAAUAAAUGGGUUCCUCAUG